GAUUACUCCAUCACAGCGUCGAGCGGGCCGAAGGGCACGAGCACGGGCGCGGCUCAGUUUCUACCUGCACAAGAAAGGUCUGUGCUUGUUAGACAACAACAAUCUGCGCCGCCUGUGGACUACGUUGCAACAUCAUCACUCGCGAGACCCAGGUCUUCUUCGUCAAAUUGCGGCAGCAAUGUCUUCCCAGAAGAGACCUUCAUGGAAAUGUGCAGACUGCCGACGGCUCAUCAAGGGCAACGACAUGUAUUGCCCUGCCUGUGGUCAACAUUGGGAAGAUUGUGCAGAUACAGAGUAUGUGGAUCAAGCUGCGACGGGGCCUCAACGUGCGCAGACUCCGACCCGGCACACCUCCUACCGCAACUACGCUCCAGGAGGCACUCAGUGGGAUGGAUGGCAUUAUCACAAUUCGUCAAGUGCAAGUCCGAGGAGACGGCAACAGAAGCCGAAGUCGCAGAAGCAUCGACAAGGAGAUGGCAAAGGAAACAGCGGCAAAGGCAAGGGCAAGGGCGGCAAGAAUAUGAGCCAUGGAAUGGGACAGGAAGGAAUGGCACCACUUCCACCGCCACCAAUGCCGCCGCCGACAGGCUCUGCAGACUCAUGGAUGCAUUUUGCAACUUCAUUCCCGGAUUCUGGUGGACCAGUACAAGAAGCUCCCAUGAACGCCCCUUCGCUAGCAGAGGCCAAGCUGAAGGAGGUCAUGGGAAUUCUCAAGAAGAACGAGAUGGAGCUUCCUGCAGAGGUAGCUGCAGUCAUGAAGGACACAAAGGCCCACGAAGGCAUGCAGAAGAUCCAGGGAAUGCACGAGGCUGUGGAGAACCUCGGCAAUGCACAGCAGAGACUAGAGCAAGUAUGCUUUGCUCGUGCCCAGAAUCUCGCCUCUUGGCGACAAUUUCUUCACCUCUCUGUCCAGCGCUGGCAGGAAUACACGCAGCGAUUUCAGAGCCAGGAGAAGAACAAUCUCGAACAGAUUGCAAAGGCCAGAGACGAUGUCAAAAAUGCACAGGCAAUCUUCCGCGAGUUGCAGGACCGAGGCGUCAUCACCAUCGAGGCGGAGGACGACCCGGCGAUGAAGGACGACGUGCUCAUGAACAUGGAGAGCUCCAAGAAGAUCGAAGAUGGGCUCACACAUCUCACAACCUCUCUUGGAGAAUUUGCACAACAAGCAGAUCUCGAGCAUGCAGCAGCGGAGGAACAACAAAAGAAGCGACAACGCAAAGAAGAAAGUUUGGAGACCGUUCCCACAGGUUCCAAACCAUUGGUAUCACCAUCUAUGCAGCCUUUUGGUGUGGCUCACAGUGGAUGA